AUGGCCCAGGCUGCUGCUGUCGGAGCCCUUCUCGGUGCCAGCACCGCCUUCUUGGCACCCAGUGCCGCCCCUGCCCCUGCGCCUGCCCUCCGUGGUGCCCCUCACAGCUCCCGUGAGUCCACCGGCCCUGGCCUUGCCGGUGCUGCGGGUGUUGGUGCGGCAGCACUGGGGCUGGGACUGCUGGCAGCCCGUCCGGCGACCACCGCGUGCCGUGCGGCAGCCGUGAAGAAGAAGGGCGUGAAGGUGGUGCACGGCAAGGAGAUCCCAUGGAACCUCUUCUCCCCAAAGGCGCCUUACCAGGGAAAGGUGAUUGAGAAUGACGUGCAUCCGCAGACCUUGACCGAACCCACUGGCGAUGCCAACUGGGAGACGACCCACGUGACCUUCGACCAUGGAGGCAAGGUUCCUUACAUCGAGGGCCAGUCCAUCGGUGGCUUGGAGCAAGAAAGGAAGGGCGAGCAGCCUGCUAAGAUCCGUCUUUACUCGAUCGCCUCCUCCGCGGUGGGCGACAAUCAGAACUCGAAGACGGUGUCCCUGUGCGUGAAGCGUGUGGUGGAGGUGGACGGCAAGUUCGCCAACCGCGAGAAAGGUCAGGACAAGCCUGACAAGGCGGGCACCGCCUUCCCGGAGAACAAGGUCUACCGUGGAGUCUGCUCCAACCACAUCUGCGACAUGACUCCGGGGGACGAGGUCCUCAUCACCGGCCCGACGGGAGCAGAGAUGCUGCUGCCCGAGGAUCCGGAGGCCAACAUCAUCAUGUUGGCCACUGGCACUGGCAUUGCACCCAUGCGCUCCUAUCUGAGGCUGCUCUUCCACGACAAGGCCGGCGCCGGUGAUGGUGGCCGCAAGUUCAAGGGCCUGGCUUGGCUCUUCAUGGGUGUGCCAUAUUCCAAGUCCUUGCUCUACGAUGACGAGCAUGAGGCCUACAAGAAGGCCUACCCCGACCAGUUCCGCUACGACUACGCCGUCAGCCGCGAGCAGAAGAACGCUGCGGGGCAGAAGAUGUACAUCCAGACCAAGAUGGCUGAGUAUGCUGAAGAGCUUUGGGAGUUGAUGCAGGAUGAGAAGACCCAUGUCUACAUGUGUGGCUUGAAGGGCAUGGAGAGUGGCAUGGCGGAGUGCUUCGGCCCCAUUGCCGAGAAGAACGGCCUGGUGUGGACCGAGUUUGCCAAAGCCAUGAAGAAGGCGGACCGAUACCACGUGGAGGUCUACUGA